CCAUCACAGCGCGUUGUUGUCUUGGAGAAAUCUCGUCACUCACAGACGAUGAAGCAACUCUCAGCGUGGUGACGACAAACUUUCCACUUUCUUACAAACGCUCGUGGACGGGAAUCGCCGUCAACUCUCACCUUCUUCAUCAUCAUCAUCCUCCUCCUCGUCAUCCCAAGCAGCGGCGGAUCUGUGGGUCACGCUGACAGUCGAGGAAUGGAAACGAUGUAGAGGAGAACAAACUCUGAGGCUUUAGUUUGGGCAAGAACAGCGAGCAUGAUACCACCAGUCGGCGUGGUUCAGAACGAAAGCGGGGGCAAAGAAGAGGAACGGGACCAGGAUGAGACUCCAAAAUCCCCGACGGCGACCGCCAGCCAACCGGAAACCAAGAACACUGUGAGGCCUGAACACCACAAGCGAAAGCUGCAGAGGCUCAAACGCUCGCUGUCCUUCAAGACUAAAAGCAUCCGCAGCAAGAGCGCUGACAACUUCUUCCGAAGCAGCAACGACACCAAGACGGAGUUGCUGUCGGACGUGAGCAGCAGCACGGGCCACCUCUGCAACAUCGGCAUGGCGCCGCCGCACACCUCCGGCCUCCCCAUCCCUCCGGUGCCGCCGGCCAUCCCCUCCGCUCCUCCGCCCACAUCACGCCCCCACUCACGCAACCCCAUGCAGGUGGACUCGGCCGGGCACUGCUUCAUGGAACACAUCUUCAAGAAGCCCACCUUCUGCGACGUCUGCAACCACAUGAUCGUAGGUACCACAGCCAAGCACGUGGUCUUCCUGGCAGGGAACACUGCGAAACACGGUCUGCGCUGCAAAGCCUGUAAGAUGAGCCUCCAUCAUAAAUGUGAGAACGGAGUGGGACAGCAGCGUUGCAUGGGAAAACUGCCGAAAGGAUUCCGCCGAUACUACAGCUCCCCUCUGCUGAUCCAGGAGCAGUACGGCUGCAUCAAAGAGGUUAUGCCGAUCGCCUGUGGCAACAAAGUGGACCCGGUCUAUGAGGCCCUGAGGUUUGGGACGUCGCUAGCGCAGAAGGCGAAGAGAGCCAGCGGCUCUGAGUCUCCACACAGGAAUUCAACCAGCGACUUGGACAAGGUUCCAGAGGAAGUGGUUGCUCACUGCAGUAGGCAGGACCUGUCGAGGAAACAAAGUGAUGAUGUGUUCACAGUGUUCGAGAAUGGGAUGGAGCAUUUCCUGCUGACUGAAGGAAAAGCGGAAUAUCCGCUGGAGCAGAUGCACCGAGACGCUUUUAAGCUCAACACCUACGUGGCCUUGUUCAAUUUCACCCCGCAGCAGAGUCACGACCUGGAGAUGAGAGCUGGAGACAGAAUCCUGCUGGCAGACGACUCCAAUGAGGACUGGUGGAAGCCCCCUGCUGGUGGGGAGAUGAAGAGCACAGAUGCUGUCCCGAAUAGCAGCCGAGUCACAUCCACCUCAGGACACAAACACAUGGGGAAUAAAUCACCAAAACAAGAGCAGACACAGGAAACCUGCCGCUGCCAGGCCGAGGACAAACCCCUCAUCCAUUUCAACUUGUUGUUCUCGUCCGGCUGCGGCAAACAGAAACAGCUGCCGCGUUGACUAAUUCAGCAGCUGACGUGGCCGUGCACGCGCCUGCUGCCACAGACCAGGAGGAGUUUCUCCGAGAACACUGCAGUUGGGAAACUCAUCUGAAUAAGUCAUGAGCACUAAUGAAGGACGAGAAGAAGUGGAUGUUUUCCUGAACAUUAGAGCACAACUGGAUCAGUCUGAACUGUAAACACCGUUCUCAUGGACGGAUGCAGCACCUCACAUAGCCCUCCAGAAGAGCAUUUUUUUAACCCAGUCUUCAUGAAACUUACUUGAAAAAUGAUGCCUUCAAAACUUUUUUGAAAACAAAAGUAUAAUUUGUCAUAUAUAAAUAAUGAUUUUUAUAUGAGAAAUUAUCGAAAUACAACACUGUGACGCUUGUUCUGGCUCUUGCUUUCACUUAUUGGUAGUUUAUAUCUAUAUAUUAGUGGUGGGACUUUAACAUAUUUUUUUACAUUAAUUAAUUACAACAAAAAAUAUAUAAAAUAACGUAUAAAAUAUUUAAUUUAAUUUAAUUUAAUUUAAUUUAACAGUUUGCUCUCCAGACCACACAGAACCUUUGUAAGAGGAGGAGUUCCUGGUCCUCACUCACAGUGAUGCACAAGACACGUGGCAGCUAGGUUGAUAACAACAACAACAAUCAUGGAGGAAUCCCUGAACAAAAGCAAACAAAUGCUUUUGUGUGCUUUUGUUCAGGGAGGUUUUUCACUACACAAUGGCCAGAGUUUCCACUACUCUGAAUGUACAUGUAUAUAUAUAUAUAUAUAUAUAUAUA